UUUUCACAAUGAGUUUGGGAGGGGUAAAAUGCGUGUGUACGUUUUAUUCCGGAUUCAUCGUACAUUUUAAUGUUAUCGGUAUCUACCGAUUACUGCAGUGAAAAUGUGUGCAUUAUCGGUGAUUUAGAUGGUGUUCGUGUACCGUAGUUUAUAUUCGUACUCGUUUGUUUAGUGAUAAUCAUGCAAAAUGGCCAACGAUUUCUGGUCGUGUACUUGUUGUACAGAAGCUCUCACUUGUUGGCUGCGUCUCAAACUCUCACCGGAGGAGAUAGAGCAGAGAUACAGGAGCAAGGAGAUCGAUAGAAUCCUCGAGAAGGACAAGCAGACGCUGCGGCGACAGGUAAAGCUGCUGCUGCUCGGCGCGGGUGAAAGCGGAAAAUCAACAUUCCUGAAACAGAUGAGGAUAAUACACAAAGUAAAGUUCGAGCCGGAACUGGUGCGCGAGUACCAGCAUGUGAUAUAUCAGAACAUCGUGAAGGGUAUCCAGGUGUUGGUGGACGCGCGGGACAAGCUCGCGAUACCGUGGGAGAACCCUCGGAACCUGGACAUCGGGCAGCAGGCGCUGCACUUCAACAGUACGGCGUCGCUGGACAGCCGACUGUUCAUGCACUAUGCGCCCCACAUCCACUCCCUGUGGCUGGACAGGGCCAUAAAGAGGGCGUACGACAGGCGAAGAGAAUUCCAAUUAAGCGACUCCGUGAGCUACUUCUUCGGUGAGCUAGAGCGGAUCGCGCGGCCCGACUACGUCCCCUCCCACCAGGACAUCCUCCACUGUCGGAAGGCGACGAAGGGCAUCACGGAGUGCGUGAUAGACAUCCAGAAUGUGCCGUUCGUGUUCGUCGACGUCGGUGGUCAGCGGACGCAGCGGCAGAAGUGGACGCAGUGCUUCGACAGCGUCACGUCGAUACUGUUCCUCGUUUCGUCGUCGGAGUUCGACCAGGUGCUGUCGGAAGAUAGGAAAACGAAUCGUCUCGAGGAGGCGCUCAACAUCUUCGACACGAUCGUCAACAACGUCAACUUCAAAGGUAUCUCCAUCAUCCUCUUCCUCAACAAGUCGGACCUCCUCGCGAAGAAAGUGGCCAGCAAGGAGACAGACAUCCGCUGGUUCUACCCCCAAUUCACGGGGAAUCCCCACAAUUUGCGAGACGUUCAGCUGUUUCUCCUCAACAUGUUUGCCAACGUCCGUAGAGAGCCAAAGACGACGAUGUACCACCACUUCACGACGGCCAUAGACACGCAGAAUAUAACGGUGGUGUUCAACUCGGUGAAGGACACUAUACUCAACCGGAACUUGGAGUCGCUGAUGCUGCAGUGAUUGUGAUUGUGCGUUGCCCCGGGUGUGCGGAGAUCUUUGUCCAAUGUGCAACGAAAAACUGGUUUUAAGACGUUUUUUGAAGCUUCUUACCAUGAGAGCGUUAAGGUUUUAUGGCAAAGAACUUAGUGUAUUGCCACUAUAGGGGCGCUGUUUUGAUGCCAUACAAACGUUCUCAUGGUGUGAAGUCACAUAUAUCCAUACUUAGCAUUGAUCUGCCUUUGAGUGUACAAUCUAGCCUAUAACUUGGACGGACUGUCAAAUAAACAAAAUGUAACAGAUGCGAGCAAAAGAAAAGGGACAGAAGAUUGCAUAAAAGAUUUGAUAGAUUUUGUAUAUCCAAUAUUCGAUCACAUUUCUUGUCUCUUUCUCUUUUGUUUGCAUUUUUAUCGCCUUCCUCUGUUUAUUUGACGAAUAAUAUCAAACUAUCGUCUAAUUUCCAUCCGAUGCAGAUGACAAAGAUCUUUGACUUACCCUAAUCCGGAUAAAAGACAAAGCGAAGCUCGCCCAGAGCGGGCAAAAGACGGAGGCAUAGUGCACUUGUAUAGUGUAGUUUUUUAUAUAAAUGUAUAUCAGUUUAUUUAUGACCAAAAAUGUAGAUUUUGCACUUGUAAUGUAUUAUUAAACACUUUUUGAUACGUUUACGAGGAUAUUGCUGGGUUUGUAGACUGUAGGAAGUAGGUGCUGUUUAGAAGAUAAAGGCAUAGAGUGAAAAAUAUAAGCUUUCUAGUAGAGAAAUUGGCUUUUAGGUGAUAGGCAGAUGGCGAGCCUGCGCAAUUUGGUUUGGUUAUAUCAAUACUCACGACAGAUCACGACUAAUAGUCCGUGCAAUCCACGAAGACGCGCCUCA